AUGGAAGCUAGGAAGGAGAUGGUGAUGUUUCUGGAAGGAGGUCAGCUUGGCCCUCUGGCAGGCAAGAGGGCGACCAGCUUGGCAGAGGUCGUGGGAAGCCCAGGUCAAGAGCCGCAGGACAAGAUGAUGCACAGGAGCUGCCUCAGCCCCAGAUCUGGCCCCUUGCUCUCUCGGGAAAGAGGAGGAGGAAGGGUGGAAGACGAGGAGGAGGAAGAGGAGGAAGAGGAGGAGGUGGAAGUGUUGCCGGCGACAGGGACGGUCCCGGAAAGCCGCUCGGCGGCGGCGCUCCUCUCCGCCGGGCAGCAGCCUCCCCUCCACCGCCUGGCCGCCAAAGGCCAGCAAAGCAGCUCGGACACCGAGUCGGAUUUCUAUGAGGAAAUCGAGGUGAGCUGCACCCCGGACUGCGCCACAGGCAACGCGGAAUACCACCAGCACAGCAAAGGGCAGCGCUCGGAGACGUCAGCAGGCAGCCCCAGCAACGGAGGGGACCCCCCCAAGGGCAACGGGGGCAGCGGUGGAGGGGGCUCUCAAGGAUCGCUGGCCUGCAGUGCCAGCGAUCAAAUGCGCCGGUACCGCACAGCCUUCACCCGGGAGCAGAUAGCCCGACUGGAGAAAGAGUUCUACCGGGAGAACUACGUCUCCAGGCCCAGGAGAUGCGAACUGGCGGCCGCCUUAAACCUGCCAGAAACCACCAUCAAGGUGUGGUUCCAGAACCGGCGGAUGAAGGACAAGAGACAGCGCUUGGCCAUGACUUGGCCUCACCCCGCAGAUCCUGCUUUUUACACCUACAUGAUGAGCCACGCGGCGGCGACCGGCAACCUGCCCUACCCCUUCCCCUCCCACCUGCCCCUUCCUUACUACUCCCACAUGGGCCUGGGCGCCGCUUCGGCUUCUGCCGCCGCCGCCGCCCCCUUCAGCUCCCCUCUGAGGCCGCUGGACACCUUUCGGGUCCUGUCCCACCCUUACCCGCGACCAGAACUGCUGUGCGCCUUCCGACACCCUUCCCUCUACGCCGGCCCGACCCAUGGACUGAGCGGCGCCGGAGGGAGCCCUUGCUCCUGCCUGGCUUGCCACGGGAGCCAGGCCAACGGGCUGCCCCAAAGGCCUUCGGGGUCGGACUUUACCUGCUCGGCUACCACCAGGACUGACUCUUUCCUGACCUUCACGCCCUCGGUGCUGAGCAAGGCCUCCUCGGUCUCCCUGGAUCAGCGGGAAGAAGUCCCUUUGACCAGAUAA